AUUACAGCUAACCUUACGCUGGUGGGACAAUUAUUAUUAAGCACCCCAAUACCCGAUCUUUCCUGGUGGCAGUCCAACUAACAUGCCUCCCUGGUGAUAUUCUAAAGAUAGCAUAUACAGGUAAAUCCACACCAUUAGUUAGCUUCUAUACACUAUUGAUAAUUUCAGUAAUACUCUCUGCCCCACUUGCCUCUUCUAUUUAUCCCAACUAGUUAUCAUAUACAUCGCUAAUGAUCAUUGCUAGCUAACUUGAUGUUGGCGGAACAUUAGUCUAAAGCGCACCAACCUAGUACUUCCUAGUGGUUGUUCACCUAACAUGCUCCCAGGUUGAUAUCCUAAAGCUAGCAGAUCCAAGUAAAUUCACACAUCAUAAGCCAGCUUUCUACACAUUCUUGUUAAUUUCAGUAAGACUUCUUGUCCCACUCUCUUCUGUUAAUCGAAACUAGCUGUCAGAUACAUAGCCAACAACCAUUGCCAGCUAACAUGACGUUGGAGGGUCAUUAAUUAAGCACCUCAACCGAAUUUUUCCUAGUGGUAGUCCAGCUAACAUGCCUUCUUGUUGAUGUCAUGAAGUUAAUAACAUAUCCAGGUAAAUCCAUGUUGUAUGCCUUAGAUCUUGCAACUAUAUUUAAUUUGGAAAUCAAAUUUUGAUUCCGUUGUGAAAGCUUAGCAAGUAAGUUAGAUGUAGCCAUAUGCCCAUCGCCUACAGAAGCUUUAUCAGGGAUCCUCACAUGAAGUCACCUAGCCUACAUCUCCAUCUAUCCGUUAUAGCCAGUGGAUCGAGACGUAAUUCAAUUGUCAUGGCAAUACCAUAUACUAAUUUCACUAAGACUCUUUUUCCCACUCAUUUCUCUAUUAAUCCCAAAAGAUACAUUGCAAACAGUCAUUGCCAUAUAAUCUGACGUUGGUGGGGCAUUAAUUAAGUGCCCCGAAUCUUAUCUUUUUCGGUGGCAUCCAGCUAACAUGCCUUACUAUUGAUAUGAUAGAGCUAGCAGAUCCAGGUAAAUCUACGUCAUGAGCCUUCAAUUCUAUGACUAUAUUUAAUUCUCAAAUCAAAUUUUGAUUCUUUCAUUGAAACUCUGCAAGUAUUAAUUAAGUUAUAUCUAGCUACCCAUCGCCUACGGGACGUUGAUCAAGGGUUCUCACUCGAAUUCGUCCAACCUACAUGCAUCUCCAUCUCUACCUAUUAAAGCCAUUGGAUCGAUACGUAAUUCAAUAUAUUAUACUUGGAUGAUAUCUCCAGAAAACAUUGUACGGGGUUCAUUUGCGAGAUUUUCCGCUUCUACUAUCAAUUAAUAAAUACACUAGUUAGUUGCCCAUAUGCAUCGCUAUAGUUUCUAUAUAUCAUAUACGAUUUCAUAAUUUAUAUAACACAAACCAACAUGAGCUGCAGUUGUUAGAGGCAAGUGUUUUGUUCCUAGAGACCGUGGUUCGAAUUCUAGUAGGUGCGCCUUUUUUGAUAUUCUGUUGAGCACACGCGUGGAGGACGAGGGGAGGAGUUGUGUCGAGCGGAUGUACCAAGGGAGAAACUCCCGCUUUAUAUUAGUUAGUAGAUAGAUAUAUGGUGACUCAUGUUGCUAGUAUACUUGGUGCGCUACUGUUUGUGUGCAGCUAGCCAAUAUCAAAAGAAAAAAAACACCAGUAAAGCUAGCAUGACAACAACCUCCAUCUCUUUGAAUGCUCCAAAUAAAGCCCUCCCCCACACAGGGCACGGCACUUUCAAUUGCUGGCGUGGACGGGGCCACCCCCCAUCCCCCACCGCCGGUUAGCUAGGGUUACUCGCGGUUAACCAGCCUGUGGUUAAUUAGUGUCGUCUAGGGUUAGGAUUAGGGUUUGCUUUUCAUCCUGCGUGGUAACGUGCCUCUUGCCUGCCGCUGCUCGAUCGGUGAAAUAAAUAAAUAAAUAAAUAAAUGAAUAAAUAAAAGGAAAGAUAGUGGGAUGGGUGUGUGUGGGUGGAUUGGGUGUGGCGCAUCGGCUUCCGCGCCGUCGCUGUGCUGCUGUCGCUCGCUUUGCUUCGUGUGGGCGACCUGACUCCUGUGCCAGGGCCAGGCGGGGUCAGCUGUGCUGUGGCUGCAUGUGGGCCCCGAGACGUAGCUUAGGGCAUCCAGAGCGUAUUGUUAAGGCCAGCGUCGUUUUCAGGGCUGGGACCCACGCUGAAAUAAUAAAAAAGAGGGAAAAACCCUCGCCACUUCGCCUCUCUCUGCUGGCUCUCGCGUGAAAUUCCCCUUUCCCCAUUUCGCGUCCGCAGCCCUCGGUGCUCCGCCCCGCUCCGCUCAGCUCUCACCACCGCCGCCCUAUCCGCGCCGCUCCCGCCCUAUUCCCCACCGCAGCCGGCCCGAUUCCGCGCCCACCCGCGGCGGAUUCGACUCCCAGUCGCGGAUCUGGUCCGUGGCGCGACGGGGAGGAACCCGAGCGCGGUUGCGACGGCGUAGAGAGCAUAGCCCGGCGACCGCGCGGAUUCCAUCGACGACGGCCGUGCCUAGAAGGAGCUCUGUCCAGCCGCCAGCCACCGAUCCACUCCCCGCAUCCUUCCGGGCCUGGAGAAGACGUCCGCCGCAGGAACCCGUGUGUAGCGAGGGACGUCCAAAGGCCGGCGCAAGCUCAACCACACACGAGUACCACUUCAGCGCGACGGCAACAGCAAAGGCGCAGGUCUGUUCAAGGUGUGUUUGGUUCGGUUCCAAGAUCACUAGACUGAAGUGACAAAGUUGUGUUGCACGCUGUGCUUCUAACAAAUGGAAGCAGCUGCUCUUGCUCGUAGAACUAGAGCAGUGGAAGAACUACGGCGUUUAUCUACAGUUGCUGAAUCUGAUGACACACCAGAACAGCGCCUAUCUACAGUUGCUAAAUCUGAUGGCAUGCCAGCAGAAGAGCAGGAAUGCGAUCACUUCUCCCUGAGGGGUUAUGUUGCUAUGCUUCAGAAGAAGGAUCCAAAACUUUGCUCUCCUCAUAUUUUCCAUAGCCAGCCACAAUAUGAUGAGCACCAUGGUUCGUCCCCACUUUUGGUGUCAAAGUAUCGUCGAUGGGAUUGCUCAAAAUGUCUUGAAAGAGUGAAAGUUUCAGGCCAUCGACCUACAUCUGGAAAUGUUUCUAUCGAGCAGGAUGGAAUGAAUGAUGGCUGCUCUAUUUCAAUUGUUCGGAUUUUGCCUAAUAGGGUUGAUCCCAGAAGAAUGUUUUAUUGCAAACAACAAUCAUCUCAAGGGAAUGAUCAAUUGACCCUUUCAAAGACCGCCCAAGAAUGCAAUUCAAAAUGCAGUUCUCCUGGCAACAAAGCAAUUACUGCGAUGAAUAUUCCAGUAGCUGAAGAAAAUGUUCUAGAGGCACUCGUUGAAAGAAGUGUUCCAGCGACAGAAGAUUUACAGGCCUCUCCCAAUAAUAUUGAUGUCUCAGCAAAUAUCUUGAAUGUUGUCCCCAAGGAUGCCAGCGAUUUACCUGAUGAUGUUCAAACGAUAUCAACCAUUGAAGAAAAUGGCACAAAAAAUCCAUGUAGCCCAAAACUUCGUGUGAUGCCAAAUGAAGAUGAGAGUAACAUAGUUCAAGAUGUUCCUAAUUUUGACCCCAAUGAGUCUAAUGUUUGUAAACCAUUAUCUUGCCACAAAGGCAAACAAAUAUCUGGGCACAAAAGCAGCCAAGUCUGCAACAAGGGUCCACGCCGAGCAUCGUUAAAAAGGAAAGUUGGAUCUGAUGGUAAGAAGAAAAGGGACAAAUCAACUGACCUGCCUGAUAUUUCAGGUCUAAAAUUUUGUCAGAGAAAGCCAAAAAAGAUGAGGCUUUUAUCAGAACUCAUAGAUGCUGACCAGGUAGGGAUUUCUGCAAAUGCCGUUCAAGUGGACCGUACUGACAGUGUUGAUCUUUGUGAGGGUGGUAAAAGAAAAAGGCACCUUGAGGUUGGAAAAGAUAAUGAUACUCCUAAUCAGAAACUGGACAAAAUCCAGUCAAGAGCUGUCAAGAACAAGGCAAAACACACAGCAGUAGACAAGGUAGACGAUGGACCCUCUCUAAUGAACUGGCUGAAGAACACUCAUAAGAAAAUUAGAACAGAUAGAAAAGACUCAGAACACAAGAAUCUUGAUUCCUCUGCUAUUUCAAGAUCUUACCCAGAUAUAGUUGCUUCUGAUGAUAUGUAUCAUGAUUUUAUACCCUCAGUUGGGGAUGUGGAUCAGGUAAAGUUACCAUCUACUACCAGUGCCAAGCAUGGGAAGGUAAAUGCACAGAAUGACAACCUGGAGCAAAAUAUGCAGAAGGUGGAUGAAUCCAGGAACUUGAAACAGAGGUUCUUCUCAAGUGAAAAAUCAACGAUUUUGCUAAAGCGAAAGGUACAGUCCACUUCAGUUGCCCAUGACGAGAACAUUGAGAACAGUAUUAUAAAGAGAGACAUGCUCAGGCCAGAUGAUGUGCCUCAAAUGGGACAUGAAGGCUCUGUCCAGAGAUGUUUGGCAAAGGUUUCUCUUGAUAAACAGAAGAUCCAGAAUGUGCCUGGCCUCCGCAAGAAGAAUAUACCAAAGAAUAAGAAGAAAGUAAGUCAGGAGGUGCAUGAGAAACAGAAUGUGAUAGAUGACAUCCCCAUGGACAUUGUUGAACUUCUCGCCAGAAAUCAGCAUGAGAGACACUUGAUGACUCAGACUGACACCAAUUCUUUGGAAAACUGUCAUGAUCAACCCAAGGCAGGUGAAGUUGAUUGUGCUGAAUCUGCAGCCAAGGAUUGUCCCGUGAAUUCAUCGAAUGCUAAUUUUGAGAAACCUUUGGCAUUGGAAAGUAAGCAGAAGUCCUUACAGGAUCAUGCAUCAUCCAGUACACAGGCUACAAACGUGAAUCCGCAGGAUUUACAUACUCAGAAGUUGCCACAGUGUCCUGCAGCAUCCAGCACCAAGGUUCCAAAUGGUCCUCCUUCAGAAUCGCAAACGCAGAAUUCGCUUCAGGUUCACGCAUUACCAGUACCACCCAUCGUACAGUCUUUCAAUGCGUACCCUUCAAAAUUACCUGCCCUUGACAUACUGGAGUGUGCCCAGGAACAACCGACACGAUUCCACAGGGACGAUGAAGUCACCAUCGCAUGUACCUCGCCUAUAUUUUCAAACUAUCAACAUAUUGCUGAAACGCCUGCUCGGAGCUGGAGGGACAGCAGGGAAAAGAAGCUAAUGUGGGAUUCUUUCAAGACAGCUUCAAGGAAUCCACCAUCACCACCACCGUCAUAUGGUUUUCAAUUCGGAAACAGGCUUCAAGAAGUUGAUUCAGCUCCCAUUCAUGCAUAUGGAGCUCACCAGCCAGUAAUUGUGGCCGUAGAUCAGCCGAGAAGUGUUCCAAGCACAGCGUUGGCUAUGGAGGCUGGUAGGCUGUACGAUCAAAGGAUCCCUGGACAGCCAGGCCUUUACCCAAAAGAGCCCAUGCCUGCAACACAUCUCCUGAGGCUGAUGGACUCAUCAACAGCUCCAGGCUUCACAAACUACCAAAGAGCUAAUAGGCGGCAGAUGGAGCUUCAAACGCAAGCUCUCGGCUCGCAGUACACACAGCAUGAGCAUUACAAUGCGUCACCGAGCACGUCAUAUGGAAGCCAACCGCUGACACUGGAAGACUUGUCUCGGCGUCAUUUCCAGCAAGACUUGCGCAGGCCUUUACGCCCUCACCCUCGUGUCGGUGUGCUCGGUUCAUUGCUGCAGCAGGAGAUCGCAAACUGGUCUGGGAACUGCGGGCCGCAGUCUGGGUACAGACUAGGUGAUUGUAAAGGGACAAGGCCGCCUGAUGCCAACAGAGCAGGAAACUACGAGACCUUGAGCUCGGCAGGAUGGAACACCCUGCAGUUGGGUUCUGUUAGCUCUGCUGCCAAUCUGGAGUACCGGUUUCCAUGGUAUGGUACGGGUCAGCCUUCGACCAGUGGCAAUGGGAGGACCAUUCAUCCGUUGGAUAAGCUCGUGAGGAAGGAUAUCUGUGUGACUAACAGAAACCCAGCCGAUUUCACUGUAAUUAGUGACAAGAACGAGUACAUGAGAACCCUUUGAAAGAGAGAAAGGCUUUGUUUAAGCAAUCAUCAUUGGUAGAGCGAGGAAGGCUUUGAGCAGCAGCUACCGGGAGCCGGGUGCAGCCUCCAGUUUUGUUCUGUGCAAAUGUUUUAUACAUAGGCGAAGAACUAAUGUCGGGUUGCCAUGGAAAACCCCAAUAAACUUGUGUGUUGUAGGUAGAUAGGCAGAUGUACAAGACAAGCAUGCGUGGCUGUGGCCAUAGUAAUGUUUUUCUUUUUCUUUUUGGUUUUGCCUUUUUUUUUGGUACUCCUGUCCCAGAAUAAACUGCAAUUUCUACAAUUCAAAAUUUAUCCCAAAAGAAUGGGCCGUAUAGGUGUGAGCUAUGUCAUGUGGUUGAGCAAUGUGUAAGGUGGUCAACUCGUUAUUUUUGGUAUAGCAUCAGACUGCUCUGAUGAAAGCUUAUUUGAAAGAAGAA